AUGACUAGACGCGGCGUAACGGCGUACAAUGCUGGUUCUGCCGCCUCAGUGGCACAGCCGACAGAGGAAGCACGGGCCGCGCCUCAACCCAACCACAACCAACUUGCGCUGGGCAUGCGCUGCCUGGGCAUUUCGCCCGACGAGCUGAGCAUCCGACAAGACCACGGCAACGAAAGCGACGAAGAAGAUGCAUCAACUCUGUCCAAGAAGCGGAAAUCUUAUGUCGUCAUCACUUCCGACCUUUUGAUACCCGGCGACGGCGACCCCAUUCCCAGCGGCGCCCUCGUUGUCGAGGCCAAGACCAUUGUUUGGGUCGGGGCUCGCAAUGCUAUUCCUGCUGAGUACACAGAUGCACCGCACAAAGCACAUCAUGUUCCUUACAUGAUGCCCGGUCUCUGGGACGUGCACAUGCACAUUGUCGGACCGAGUAACGAUCCGGAAACGACCAGCCGAAUGCUCACCUACGGGCCGUACGGCGAGCAUCCGGCUUCCCAGGGCGCUCGUCUGUCCCACGGCUGCUGGCGUACACUGCAGCUUGGGUAUACCUCGCUACGCGACUGCGGCGGUUUUGGCUGCGAGAUGGCGAGUGCCAUCAACGACGGGUCCAUCGUUGGCCCCAACAUAUAUGGCUGCGGCGGCUUCAUCAGCCAAACCGCCGGCCACGGUGACCAGUUCAACAUGCCCCCUGGCGACGCCCUCUUGCACUUUGGCGUCAGCAAUAUCCAGCCGGGCUUCUUCUGCCAGGGCUGGGGCGCGCUGGCCGACGGCGUCGACGAGUGUCGCCGCGCCGUGCGGCUUAACGUCCGGCGUGGCGCGAAGUGCAUCAAGAUCCUCGCCACGGGCGGAGUCAUGUCGUUGGACGAUGAUCCCCUCGAUGCGCAGUUUUGCGAGGCUGAGAUGGAAGCGCUGGUGGAUGAGGCGACGCGCAUGGGGCGUGCGGUGGCCGCCCAUUGCCAUGGAAAACCCGGCACUAUGACGUCGAUUAAGGCGGGCGUCACAUCGAUUGAGCACGGCACGUACGCGGAUGAGGAGUGCUUGGACCUGAUGAAGAAACAGGGUAUAAUUCUAGUACCAACAGCCGCGGUCUUGGAGAGGUUUGCCAACCUUGAAGGUGUGUUUCCCAAAAAGAUUGCCGACAAGAUUAAGCAGGUGGCCAAGAAGAUGGAGCGCAUGUACAAGAUGGCGCUCGCCAAGGACGUCACUAUCGCUAUAGGAUCGGAUGCGCACACCAGCUGGCUCGACUCGUCGGAGAUGGAGUACGCCGUCAAGAUGGGCAUGACCACGCUGCAAGCGAUCAAGGCGGCAACGGCUACAGCGCCGUUGACCCUAGGCCGACAAGCGCCCAAGUCAGGCCAGCUCAAGGCGGGCUACGACGCGGAUAUUCUGGGGCUUACGGCAGAUCCAGUCAAGGAUAUAGCCGUUUUCAAAAAUAGUGAAAAUGUCAAGUGGGUGUGGAAGGGGGGGAAGCUUUUCAAGGGCCCCAAUGUUGGGCCUUGGGGCGAGGACUAG